CAGCACGACGCUAAAAGUCCUGCAAGUGCUCAGGUGUGUUUGCAGUUCCUUAUCUUGAUUAUCAUCAUCAUCACCAUCAACAGAUGGAGUGAAAACUUUCCUCUGGAAGGUGUGAAGACAGAGAGGGGGCGCCAUGCUCCGCUGCAGGAGGUGUCGUAAAGGGGUCAUAGACUCAGCAUGCUUGUCAAUGCAGGUUCAGGACUCCGAUGAAAGCUCAGCUGCUGUUUGCAGUAUUUGGCACGUGAACGUGGACACGUUGCCAGAGUGGAUCCUGACCUCAGUUCACCAGGCCCAGUGGACUGUGGGAAAGCUGAACUGCCAGAACUGCGGCGCUCGUCUGGGCGGCUUCAACUUCAUCCACCGCAGCGAGUGUCCGUGCGGCCGCGACGCCGCCGUCCACUUCAGCAAGAGCCGCGUGGAUCACGACCACAAGCGCUACGUCCUCAUCGUCCAGCCGAGGAGGACGAGGCCCGAGCGGUUCCGGGCCGGUCUGCUGCCAGACGGCUUCCAGAACAAAGACGAGAGGCCCGAGUUCGGCAGGACGACGCUGGAGAGUCUCCAGCUCAACUGCGCUGCCGUCAUGUCCCACAUCAGCCCCGCCGAGGCUUCAAACCCGCCCCCCGACCCCGACAGCACCCAGUCGUUCUCCUUUAGCCCUCUCUACUGCAUCUCCCACAGGAGAAGGUGCAGCAUGGAGGAAGACGGCGGUGGCGGCAGCUUCAGGUCUUCAUGUUUUUGCCCGGCGGGCCGUGCGGACAUGACCGACCUGGUGAGGUCAAGGACGGACGAGUCGGCUCGGUCGCUUCCCACGAGUCUGCAGUUCGACUCAGACGGCGAAGCUCCGCUGAACGUCGUCCCCCGUCGUCCAUCUGCUCCGGCACGGUCACCUCAACAUCAGCACACCGAGGAGGAGGCCACAGCUGUCCAGGAGGAGGUGUCAGACUCGGCUCUGUUCCUCAGAGGAAGAUCCAUCUCUGACAGCGUGGCCGAGCAGCAGGAAGAGGAGGAAGUCGUGCCUCCAGCCUCCGCGGGUCCUCCGGCCUCCACCAGAGCGAGCAAGCGAGAGAAGAACCAUCUGAAGAGUCUGCGGAGGAAACAGAGGAGGAGAGAACGAUGGCUGCACAGUCAGCUGGAGCAGGCCGAGAUCGUGGGCGGUUCCCUGCCGGACAGCGAGGAGGAGGACCGUGAAGGCCUCACCUGCGCCGUCUGCCUCGACGUCUACUUCAGUCCGUACAGCUGCCAGCCGUGCAGCCACGUCUUCUGCGAGCCGUGCCUCCGGACGCUCGCCAAGAACCGGCCGACCAACACGCCCUGCCCCCUGUGCCGAACCCUCAUCUCACACACCAGCUUCCACAAAGAGCUCAACCACACAGCCAAGACCUUCUUCCCCAAAGUCUACUUCGCCCGCAAGCAGAACUUCCAGAAUGCCUCGUGUGCGAAGUGGCCGCUGCCCAGCUUUCGCAAACGCUUCCACUCGUUCUGGGGGUAUCAGCGACAGGCGCCGACGGCGGGCAGACGGUGGCACUUCGCUCACGGAGGCUUCGCCCUGCAUGACCUGGACUUCACCGACAUGCGCGGCUGGCUCUUCGGCAUCGGCCUGGUCGUCUACGUCCACUCCCUCAAGUGGAUCCUCACCUCCCUCCUCUUCUACUUCUUCAUGUACUACUUUGUCAUUUGAGGCGCUGGACAGUGUGCAGGUUGUCCGCUCGGUCUUUGACGAGGGUAGGUGGAGCGUACGUUCGUUUGUUUUUUUUUCUUAUUUCAGCGUUCAGGUAUCUAGAGUUAGGAAUCAGUUUGCAGGGUUGAAAUUUGCACAAACGGUCGCGAGAUGUUCAUCAUGCGGGAUAACGAACUGACUUUUAAAAGAAUACUGACGAUUUGAACGAAGCUUCUUGUGUUGCUUGUGUUAAUUUCCAGUGUUAUCAGUGCAAUAAUGUUCCCCGAGGCGUCCGGAUGGGAGCAGAGUGGAAUUUACUGCUUUCAAACGUGGACUUUUGUGACGCUGAUUCAAUGUGUGUUAAAUUCUGUGUAUGUGGUGAAAAAGAAAAUCCAGCAACAACAAAGUACACCAACCACUAACUGGAAUAAUGAAACAAAUGAGAUGCAAAGUGUUGACUAAGGAGCCUGAGGUUUGUUUUCUGAUUAGAGAAGGAGCCACGUUCUGAGAAUUUUCCCCAAAAUGUCAUGUUCAAACUGUGGUGGCACAUUUAGAUAAUAAAGGAGCAGUAAACGCUGAUAAAGCUCUUAAAGUUUAAUGAGUUAUAAAACUCUUCUAAUGUGCCUCCUGUGUGGUUUGAGAAAUCUGCAGGAAAAUCCGGUUUGUUUCCAGAAUCAGACUCUCUGCAGGAGGAGCUGUGGUUUUGUUCCAUCUGGAAUCAUCAGGAUCCUUCUGCUCGACCGUCUCUGGUUUGCUUGAAGCUUUUCUGGCAUUAACUUUGGAUAUUAAAAAUGGCGUCUGUGAACUUCUAGCCUGAUAAAUCAAAUACUUACUGAGAUGUUGACUCACUUUCAGCCUGUUGUUUAUUUGGUGCAUCUAAAUUUGAGGUUAUGUUUGAAUGACAAUAACUCAGCGACUAUUAAAGCUAAAAAAACGAAAUUU